CUGAGAGGACAUGGCGGAGGGUGAGGGAGUUCCGCCGCUGCUACCGCUGCCCCCGGCCAAGCGGCUGUGUUCACGGGUCAGCCCGCCGUCCCAGCACUCCCAGCAGCGGGUCGCGGGUGCGGUAAAGCCCCAGCAGUAUGUGAUGUACCAGCCGGAGUCUCUUCUGGACUGCGCAGCCAAAGCUGUGGCGGAAAAAUGGGCCUUCGAGAGAGUAGAGGAGCGAUUCGAGAGGAUCCCGGAGCCAGUGCAGCGCCGCAUCGUGUACUGGUCCUUCCCCCGUAACGAGCGAGAGAUCUGCAUGUACUCGUCCUUCCAGUACCGCUCGGAGGAGCCUAGCGCCACGGGGAAUCCUGCGGGGGCCACUCUGGGGGCAGCGGUAGGGAAUGGACAGAGCGCUGCUGUUCCCGGCCUGGGAACUACGGCACCCUCCGGAGAGGGGCUACCUUUCCGCCGCGGGAUACGGCUCCUGGAGAGCGGCUGUGUGGAGAACGUGCUGCAAGUCGGUUUCCAUUUAAGUGGCACAGUGACCGAGCCAGCGACACAAUCUGAGCCAGAAGCUACUUACAAAGUAGCAAUAAGCUUCGACCGUUGCAAGAUCACCUCAGUAACCUGCGGCUGUGGAAACAGGGACAUUUUUUACUGUGCGCAUGUGGUGGCGCUCUCGCUAUACCGCAUCCGCAAGCCAGAUCAGGUCAAACUGCGUCUUCCCAUCUCAGAGACUCUCUUCCAAAUGAACCGGGACCAGCUGCAGAAGUUUGUGCAGUACCUGAUCACCGCACAUCACACAGAAGUGCUUCCUACAGCCCAGAAACUGGCUGACGAGAUCUUAUCUUCUAACUCCAAGAUCAAUCAAGUGCACGGUGCCCCUGAUCCCACAGCCGGGGCGAGUAUCAAUGAUGAGAAUUGCUGGCAUUUGGAUGAGGAGCAGGUCAGGGAACAGGUGAAGCUCUUCCUGUCUCAGGGUGGUUACUACAGCUCUGGGAAGCAGCUCAAUUCCAUGUUUGCCAAGGUACGAGAGAUGCUGCGAAUGAGGGACUCUAAUGGCGCCCGUAUGUUGACCUUGAUUACUGAGCAGUUCAUGGCUGACCCGAGGUUGGCUCUCUGGCGACAGCAGGGUACAGGCAUGACUGAUAAGUGCAGGCAGCUUUGGGACGAGCUUGGGGCCCUCUGGGUCUGCAUCGUGUUAAACCCACACUGCAAACCCGAGGAAAAAGCCUGCUGGCUCCGGCAGCUGAGGAAAUGGGGAGACCUGGAUGUGUGCCCACUCGAAGAUGGAAAUUAUGGCAACGACCUUCCAAACAUCACUAAUGCACUCCCACAGAGCAACGGUCACGACUCUUUAGUGAGGCCCAGAAGAACAGUGUUCACCAGAGCUAUUGAGGGCUGUGACCUGCACUGGCAAGACAGUCACCUGCAGAGAAUAAUCAGCAGUGAUUUCUACCUGUCCCCUUCCUACCAGCGAGAUGGGGAGAGUCUUCUGUUUAAUGCGCAGGGCCAACCUCUGUGGCUUGAACAUGUGCCCACAGCCUGUGCCCGAGUAGAUGCCCUUAGAUCCCACGGAUACCCCAAAGAGGCUUUGCGUUUAGCAGUUGCAAUCAUAAGUACUCUGCGACUGCAGCAGCAGCGGCAAUUAGAGAUCUACAAACAACAGAAAAAGGAGUUGAUUCAAAGAAAUGCAACAACAAUCACGAAUCUGGAAGGCUGGGUAGGUCACCCGCUGGACCCUAUUGGCUGCUUAUUUACUACGCUCACAGAGGCCUGUCGGGCUGAUGAAGAGAAUGCUGCCGAAGGAACGGAAGGCAUUGAGUCUCAGCAUCCGCUAUACCAACAUGUUUGUGUGUUAAAUGGCUCCCUGGAAACUGGUGAAUCAUAUCUGUCCUUGGCAUUGGAAGUGGCUCUGAUGGGCAUGGGGCAGCAGAGGCUGAUGCCUGAAGGGCUGUAUGCCCAGGAUAAAGUGUGCCGCAAUGAGGAGCAGAUCAUUGCUCGUCUGCAGGAGCUGGAGUUGGACGCAGUGUUGGUACAAACGCUGCGCAAACAAUGCAUCCUGCUACUAGAAGGAGGUCCGUUCAGUGGUUUGGGGGAGGUCAUUCACCGGGAGAGCGUGCCCAUGCACACGUUUGCCAAGUACUUGUUCUCUGCACUGUUGCCUCAUGAUGCGGAUCUGGCCUACAAGCUGUCCCUCAGAGCAAUGAGGCUUCCGGUAUUGGAAAGCAGCGUCCCCUCAGGGGAAAUUGCUCACCCCCAUCACAUUGUGUCCGUAGUACCAAGCCGGUACCCACGCUGGUUCACUCUGGGGCACUUGGAGUCACAGCAGUGUGAGCUUGCUUCCACCAUGCUGACUGCUGCAAAAGGUGACAUGCUGCGUCUGCGCACGGUGCUUGAAGCCAUACAGAGAAACAUUCAUUCCUCAUCUCUGAUAUUUAAACUGGCGCAGGAUGCUUUCAAAAUUGCCACUCCAGCUGACAGCGCUGCUGAUACAACUUUGCUUAACGUAGCUCUAGAGCUAGGACUUCAGGUCAUGCGGAUGACUCUCAGUACCCUAAACUGGAGAAGGCGAGAGAUGGUCAGGUGGUUGGUAACCUGUGCCACAGAAGUUGGUGUGCGUGCCCUCGUCAGCAUCCUGCAGAGCUGGUACUCUCUCUUCACACCCACAGAAGCCACCAGCAUUGUGGCAGCUGCGGCCACUUCCCACAGCACAGUGCUAAGACUCAAUCUGGACUACCCGCAAAGGGAGGAGUUGGCCAGCUGCGCACGGACUUUGGCCUUGCAGUGUGCAAUGAAGGACCCGCAGAACUGUGCACUUUCAGCUCUAACCUUGUGCGAGAAGGAUCACACAGCUUUUGAGACAGCUUAUCAGAUUGCAGUGGAUGCAGCAUCUGGGGGUAUGACCUAUUCCCAGUUAUUUACAAUUGCCCGUUACAUGGAGCACCGUGGCUACCCACUUCGGGCUUUUAAACUUUGCUCACUAGCUAUGAACCACCUUAACUUGGCAUACAACCAAGAUACUCACCCAGCCAUUAAUGAUGUCCUGUGGGCUUGUUCUCUUAGUCACUCGCUAGGCAAAAAUGAGCUGGCAGCACUGGUACCCCUAGUGGUAAAAAGUGUGCACUGUGCCACUGUACUGUCGGACAUACUUCGCAGAUGCACCCUGACUGCUCCCGGCCUGGCAGGCAUCCCCGGACGACGGAACUCUGGCAAGUUGAUGUCAACAGACAAACCUCCCCUACGGCAGCUGCUAGAUGCAGCAAUUGCAGCCUAUAUAAAUACCACCCACUCCCGCCUCACUCACAUCAGCCCUAGACACUACGGGGAAUUCAUUGAGUUCUUGAGUAAAGCUCGAGAAACGUUCAUGCUUGGACAGGACGGCUUGCUACAGUUUGCCCAAUUCAUAGACAAUUUGAAACAGAUCUAUAAGGGCAAGAAAAAACUGAUGAUGUUGGUGAGGGAGCGAUUUGGCUGAUGCGCCUAAUUAACCUAAUUCCAUGCCUCCGUUUCCUGCUCACAAUUGUGAAGUACUCCCUCUGCUCCCUUAAGUACCUCAGUCCUACGGUCUAGGAGCCUGAGCCAUGACAGCUUUACAAAGAGGUCUCAUGUUGCAUUAGAUCUUGCCAAGCAUAUACUGUCAUUCUUGUUUGCCCUUCAUUGCUGGAGAAGGUUGCUGAUUCUCUACAAUAAAAAGCAAGUAAGGGAUUGAAAAUUAGUUAGUUCUUUGCAAUAUUUAUGGCGUCUUGUUUCAAGGCUGCUUGUGGCUUGAGUAGUAGUACUAGCUGUUAUACGUUGUAGAUUAUUUCAAACAAAGUGUGGUGGGAUUUAGUACAUUCUAAAAAAAAUGUAGCGUCCUGUACAAGGAAUUUGAUCUACAGCACACGGUACUGUCCAGGUUACCUAUUGAAGGAUGUUCACAUUGUCUGUAAAUGUGAGUAGACUAGUUGUUAUUACUUGCUGAAGUGAAUGAGUUGGUCUUCUCCAGCACUGAAGACAAUACAUAUAUUUUCAACAACAACAAAGAAUGUUAUUAGGCUAAUUUCUCAGUAGUUGUAGUGUUUGAAUUAAAAUUGAUUAAGGUCCAGCGGUCAUUUUGAAAACACGUAAGUGAAAAAAAAAAAAAAAUCAAAAAGUUUAGAAUCUGAUUCUAGAGAUUGCAGGACCCAAAUGGUUUAUUCCUAUCCAUAAAAUGUAUAAUCUAUGUGGAUGCACUUGCAGAAUAAGGAUCAGUGCAGUUCUUUCACCAAAAAUCUCCACAAUUUUUAGACUAUUUGUAGAUAUUAAGGCUUUCACCAAUCCAUACAUUUAUAUUUGCUUUAAGGUCCCCCUACAAAUAAUAAAGGAAACACAAUUGUUGCGUGUGUUAAAGGACAAAAGGGAGGCUUGCCAGAAAGGAAAACUAGAACUAGCAUAGGUUCUGCCAACUAUUAAUCCAAAGGCAAAGCAAAUCCUAUCUGUAAGGAGUUCCUGGCACAUUCCUUUUACAGAGCCUUCCAGCUAACAAGUGAGCCUGGGUAAACCAUUCUUACUUACUACAGAUUACUUCUAUAUUUGCUUUUGACUUCUACACAAUAACUUGUAAUCACAUGACCUACGAGUAGAAAUUGAUGACCAAUGCUUAAUCCACCUUUUCCAUGUUGUUGGCUUCUUGAGGGCAUGAAAAGUCUUCUUGUGCAUGAUGGGCUAUGUUUGCUCCAACGUAGAUGAAAUCCAAAACAAUCUAUUUGAAUAUUUUGCUUUCUGGAAAGUGUAAACUUGUAAUGUUCAGAUUUACUCUACAAAAAAUAAUACUUUCCUGAACAACCAGUGAAACUGGUCUCCGGAUAAGCAAGAAGACGGUGCUUUUAAAAUAGAAAUUUUAACAAGGCAAUUUUUUUUUAUUUUAUUUAUGUAUUUAUUUUGUAGAAAAAGACUGAUAAGCCAGUGAUAAUGCAGUGGACCUGAAGUCAACUAAAAGGACAGUGGUUUAUAUUAAUUUAAAGGGACAUUAAACUCAGGAUUGAUUUAACAAUAACAUGUUUAGUUAUGCAUAGUGCAAAAAAAAAAAUAUGUUUGAGGUGUAUUUUCAUUGUUUAUUUUGGCUGCUUUUCCUGUAAUUUACUACUAAAGUAUUUUUAACUGCCCCCAGAGAGGAUGGAGUACAUCUUGUUAGAUAAAAAAAAAAUUGUAACCCUGCAAAAUUCUACACGGGUAUUACUUGUUCUGAGCAAAAGUUUAGUUAUAUUUGUCCUUAAUUGGACACAGUGAACAAAAUAGAACAAUACUUAAGAUUUUUCACAGAAUAUGUUCCUGGAUUGCAAAACUGUGCAAAUUUCACUAAUAUAACACUUUUAAAUGUUUUUAAUACAUGUGUUCUGUACAGAUCUUCUGCAACACUGUUGAUAAUACUAUGCAUAUAUUUUUUAAAAAUCACUUUAACGUCCCUUUAAAUUAUGCGUUGUUUUCAGCACAUGAAGGCAAAUAGUAUUCAGUAACACGUGAACGAGAUCUGAGGGGUGAUAGAAAAUCAUUAAUGUGAACAAUUUAGGUACCAGGUGUGAAAUAAAGCUGCCGGUUGUUCUCUUCUCCUGCACAGACUGUACGCAGACUCUUUUGUCAGGGGCUUGACAACCUUGUUGGUAAUUAUUUAGGCUGUGGUACCAGGCGAAAGCUCUGAUAUAACAAAGCUUUACAUAAACUGUAAUGCCGAUUCUUUUACUAUGCCACUGUUUCUGUAACUUGCAUACCCCAAAUCUCUGCAAAAUAAACUCCCAGAACAUAAUAUGCAGGUCUUUCAUGUGCUUGUGCAACUGUAUUCUCCCGGCUCUGUUAUAACUCUUAUUAAAUCUGACAGUGGAACAUUAACACUUUACAGGAAGGUUCAAAUAAAUUGUGGUAUCCUGCUAAUGGCUCCUUACAAAUCCCGGAAGACAGAUCGAUAUAGUAAUGGCACUGGGGUCCCCUAUUCCUCUAGUUAGUUAGUGAGUGUAUUUUUGUUAAAGGCUCGGCUGCUAUUACCCACACUCAGAAACAGCCUCUCUGGCUUAGUCCAGCCCCUUCCGAAUCAUGAAGGGAAGCGUUUCCCUCCUCGCUGAACAGACUGCAAGCCAAACUCAGGGAACAAGUAAAUUGUAAUGAUAAAGCAUUUAUCUACCUGUAAAUAGAUAAUAUAUGUCGGUUAUGUAAAGUUCUAAUUAUUUAUUCUGUCUUUCUUUUCUGCAGGGCGAUGGUAUACUUGAAUGCUUUUUUAUUUUUUUUUUGCUUUAUUUUUUCCUCGCUUGGCGCAGGGCUUUAAAUGUGUUUCUUUCAGAGACCCUUCUCAGGAGGGAGGAGAUCAUAUAGGUGUGCAAUGAACAUUAUCUGAUCAGGCAGUAAGCAGCUGUUAACCCUUUAGAGUGAGGAGAGUGCAGCACUGUGUCAAGGAGUUGAGUACAGAUAAAAUCUGGUUUCCCAUCACUUUUGACUAUUUUAGAUUGUGAUGGGAAACAGUCACUACUGCUUUGUCAUAAUUAUUUGCAAUAAAGUGUUGUGGUUAUAUACCGCGCUGAUUAGCUCGGCCUAUUUCAGGCCUUGUUAGUUACAAACCUUCUAAAACACUCAGAUUUUACCUCCUCUGUAAAUAAAUAUCACUUUUAAACAGUAAAAAGACCAAACCGAGCGCAGAUCAGAGGAAAGCGGUUUAAAUGAUGACAGUGACUAUAGCGUUUUUUUAUUUUUAGCACAACUUAAAUCCCCCUUUACCUAUAAGGUUUGGCUAAUGCAGCUUUAGCAGUUAAGACGGACACUGAGAUUUAGCAAUAAGCAACGUGUAGCAGAGAGCUGAGGAUUCCUGGAGCCCAAAAUGAACAAUAUCCUGUGAAUGCUCUAACAUUCGCUCCUCUACACCUUUUUUUUUUAACUUUAAAACUUUAUUCCAUACCGUUGUCCAUCAUCCCCAUAUUUACUAGUAAAUUGUCCUCUCUGUAUUUACUUUCUGUUUGUUGGCUUUACGAAUAGGCUGAGUGCAACCCAAGCUUCCAACUAAUACGAGGAUGUUGGUGUAAGAGCCACAUCUCUAUUAAGAUGUUGACUGUUUCACAAUUUUUUUUUCUGUGUAUUGUAUCUGUGCAGCUUCUCUACACAUCCCCAAUUUAAAAAACACACCUGCUUUCCCUCAGUAUUCAUUGCCACAUAUGUAUCAUUGUUUUUAUUUUUUACAGGAUUUAAUUUGUAUGCUCUCUAAUUUGAUAUUUUUGUGCAACCUUUUAAUGUUAAUAUUAAUUAAAAAAAAAAACCCUAUUUAUGUAUUGCUGAUACCAUUUUAUAUGAAUUGUGUUGAAAAUUUCAGUGCUUUUUUUAUGAAUAAAUUGUGGAUCACAAA